CAUAUAUCAACUCAUUCAAUAAUCAUUCUGUCUCAUACUUUGUCAGUGAUAAAAUACCUUGAUCACGUGACAAUAAACAGUGCUGCUAACUCAGUAUCUGUCAAGUUUUCAAAAUAAUUUGUCAAAGUACUGCGAGGGAUGAGACAAUUUUACAUUCGGUGCUUGAGAUAUUCGUGUAAAAUUAAAUGCAAAUAAGGUAGUUUCAAUUAAUCGAUCCCUGUGCUUGUUAAUAUUCCGAUACUUUAUAAAAAAACAAAAAUAUUACAUCUUUCGGUUACGUUGUUUGUCAAAAUGACAUCUAAAACGGAGGUUACUCUGGAACACUUUUAUAUAUUUAAUGGAACGUAUGCAAAGAAAGAAGGGGAGGCAAAGAAAAAAAUUCUUUAUUAUUAUCCAGAAAGAGAUUUAGAUGUUCAGAUUAAAAAUAUAGGACUCAGCGAGGCAAUUAUUAAUUUUGCAAAAUCAUUUAAUCCUGAACAACCUUGCGAUUAUUGUCAUACGCAUAAAACUCGUCAAAUAUAUUAUCAACCAGAAGAAAAUUUUUGGAUGGUUAUGAUUGUUGGAGUACCUUAUAUGUGUAAAGAUAAAGAUGGUAAUAAAUAUAUAGAAUAUCAAAACGAUGAAGUUUCUAGCAGUGUUUGUCAAUCUAUAUUAAAACAGGCAUAUGUUAUGUUCAGAUUAUUCAUGGGCUCGUUUGACACAAUCAUUAACGAACCUGAAUGUGGAUCUAUAACAUUACUAAAACAUAAACUUGAACAUUUUUAUUCGAGAUAUUUAUUAUCCUUGAAAUUAAAUAACAGUGAUAUUUUGGAUGUUUUCCAAGGCUUACAAUUUUUACCUCUUGACAAAAUAACAUUUUUACGAGUACAAUGUUUUAUGAAUCUCAUAGAAGCUAUGUUUUCGCAAGUGAAGUAUACAGCAUUUCUUUAUAAUGAUCAAGUUGUAUGGAGUGGGAUAGAACCUGAAGAUAUGCAAGUAGUUUAUAAUUACUUAGUAGGUACACUUUUACCAGCUCAUCUCGAAAAAGAACUACACGGGGAUUCAAUGCCCAGAAAUUCCCCUUCGCCAUUUACUACUUCGCAUUAUGGAAAAUUCGUCACCGGCCCUUCUAGCGUUAAUGAACCAAGUUUAAUUGGAAAAUCUCCUACAGUGUUUAUAAAUUAUUCUACAAAACCAAUCUCUUUAUAUUUAGUAGUUUAUCGAUCGCUAAGUGCUACCAUUUGUCUUUUUGUUGACAGUAAAACAAACUUGUUAAUAGAUUUCUUUAAAAGUCUUGAUGGUUUCCUUGGACCACAAUUGACCACUCUUGUUAGUUCAGUUGCAGAACAAUGUGCCAAACAUGUUAUAAUUACACCUGAGUCUUGUACAAAAUACUUGUAUUUUAAUAAACUUAAUUUAGCAUAUAAGAGUACGAUACAUCUGGAUAAUAGACGAUGUUCUAAUGUACUUACAACACCUGAAGUAUUGAGGGUUAUUACAGACAUAUACAAUGAUACAAACAAGUUAAAAGAAGCUGGUGAAAUUAUUAUAAAAACUAUGAGCGAUUAUUGGGUUAUUGGAAAAUUAUCAAAUUUGAGGGAAUUUUUUGUAGUUAUUCAACAAAAGAGUGCAAGUAUAAUUGAAAUAGAAGAUGAAGUAAAAAAACUUUGUGAGAAACAACUAAAGAGUAUAUUUUUCCACUAGCAAACGUAGUGUCGCGUGCUUUAAAGAUUUAUCAGUCAUUAAUGUCCCAUACUUUUUUGUAUGACAGUUAUAUUGUUUUUUUACUGUUUCAAUCAUGUACAAGCAACGUAUAAUCAAGCAUGUAAGCACUGUAAUUAGAGAAUGUUAUAUAAUUUAUACAUCAAAUUUAAUGUAAAAUAUAAAUUCUGUAUAUACAUAUAUUUUUAAUACAUUCAAAUUGCUUGAA